AUGCAGUCCGCCAAACCCCAGGGAAGCCGGUUACGGCCCGUAGCUGACCCUCUCGAAAGGGUUGGCUUCGUAUCAAAGGGUGACAAGACGCUACUCAAUCAUAAAGCACAGCAGGACUACUACGAUACAAUCGUUGAGCGAUAUUUCCGAUUCUGUUCAGAUCACCAUAAUGAUUUUGAUGCCGCUCAUGCAUCGCUGCCUAUAAGUUCUUCAAAUGAUGCAACGUCAAACCCCCCUGCAGCCCAGUCAGCUCCAAAGACCAGCCCCCUUGGGAGGGGUAUCCCCCCACCAUCGGCGGAAUUAUCCAAGCUCCUUCUUUCCCUCCGGAAGCUGCGAGAAGGUAUUUUGGCAACAUCGGGAACUACUCCGCCCGAAUUCGCCCAGCGAGUUCAUUACUUCUCGAUCCGCCUGGCAAUUCUUGCGCAGCACCCUCCGUCAUACUUCCCUUCCUUGGAGCAUUGCCUAAACAAGCUGCAUUCGAGAUCCCACCCAAUGCCUGAUUCGGAAGUGAAAGACAUAGUGACCUACUUGAUCCUUGAUUAUGCCUGUCGCCAGGAGAAUAUGGUAUCGGCCUUCGAGCUGCGGGCACGGGCGCGGCGGGAGUGCGCCUUUCAGUCGUUAGCUGUCGACCGUGUUUUGACUGCAUUGAUGCACGAUAACUGGGUGAUAUUUUGGCAGGUUCACAAAACCGUGGACUCUUACACACGUGCUGUGAUGAAUUGGGCUGUGGAUCGAGUGCGAAGACAUGCCUUGAAGGCGGUGGGCAGUGCAUACCUCAAUGCCCCUGUGGACUGGAUCGUGGGUGGAUGCACUGGUGACGAUGUGAACUGGACGUGGGAGAAAUUGCACCAAAAGGAAAACCUCGGUUGGCAGAAAGAGGGCGAUAUAAUCAUAAUCAGACGUCUCAAGCCCCGGCCACCACCAAAUCCACAAGUCGCGAAGGCAUAG